AUGCCUUCUUUCCUUUCUUCCCUAUCUUUUUCUUUUUUCUUCUUUUUUUCUUCCUUUCUUUCUAAUUCCAUUUUGCUUUCUUUCUUUCUUUUCCAUAUUAUUUCUUUCAUUCCGUCUUUCUUUCUUAUAUUCUUUCUUUUUAUAUGUUUCUUUCUUUCUUUCUUUUUUAUCCUUUAUAUUCUUUCUUUAUUUCUUCCUAGUUCCUUUUUACUUUCUUCCUUUUCUUUUCUUUUUCUGUCUUUCUUUUCAUAUUCUUUCUUUCUUUCUUUUUUUUCACCUAAAUUCUUUCUUUCUUUCUUUCUUUCUUUCUUUCUUUCUUUCUUCACCUAUUCUUUUGUUCUAUCUUUCUUUCUCUCUUUUAAUUUCUCUCUCUUAUUUCUUUCUUUCUUUCAUUUUUUCUUUUUUUCAUUUCCUCCUUUUCUAUCUUUCUUUUCACUUUUUACAGUCUCAUUAGCAAUAUCUAUCUAUCUAUCUAUCUAUCUAUCUAUCUAUCUAUCUUUCUCGCGGCGAAACUCUCUCGCCGUCCGCUCUCAAACUGCAAUCCGCUCGCCGUCCGAGGCUGAUCUUCUUCUCUUCAGAAAAAAUGUCUUAUUGACAUCUAUCUGGUUGAGUCAUCUAUCUAUCUAUCUAUCUAUCUAUCUAUCUAUCUAUGAUAUAAAUAAACUAAUCGCAACUUCUGGGACAGCGAGUGUUUUUACAUUAAUAUUGCCAAUGUUUGUUUUCGUUCUUGUUGCUUCUGUGUACCGAAAGAUUUUCCUUCUUUGGCUAUUGACUCCUUGUCAACAGCUGGACAAAUACCACCUGCCUCUGUCGGCUAGCAGAUAUUUUGCAGGUGACAGACAACGACCAGACUAA